GAGGGCAUCGCCAUCAACCAGUCGCUCUCUUCCCUGAGCCGAGUCAUCAUGUCCCUCGCGAACGGCCAGGGCAAUAUCGCUGUGUUUCGCGAGUCCAAGCUGACCCUGCUUCUGAAGGACGCGCUGUCUGGCAACAGCAGGACAGUACUCCUCGCCUGCAUCAGCCCAGCUGCGACCAACGUGCAGGAGACCGUCAGUACCUUGGAGUUCGCAGCGCGCUGCAAACUAAUCAAGACCAACGCCAAGAGGAACGAGCAAGACAGGCGAGAUCUCAUCAACAGCCUCUCCGAGGAGAAGCAACGGAUCCAGAGCCAGCUUGAGCUCGAGCUUAGACAGCGCCAGGCGUUACAGGAGAAGCUCGACCGCGAGAUCCAGCAGUCCCAGGAGAACCAACAGCUUGCCAACCGCAUGCGUGAGGAGAAGCUCGCCAUCGAAGGCCAGCUGCGCACCCUCGAGGAGGCGUCUGGCAUGAGGCAGAGGGCGGCAUCGGAGGAGGUGGAGCGGCUGACCAGGGAGAAGGACGGCGAGGUCCAGGCUCGGGAGGAUAAGCUGAGGAUGCUCGUGGAGCAGGAGAUCGGCCGCUACGAGAGCAAGGAGGAGGACCUGCGGCGGGAGCUGGCAGGGCUCCAGAGCCUGAGUGACAGUUGGCUGAGAAGCAGGACCUGGAGCGCCAGGCCCGCGAGCAGAGGGUGCGGAGGGAGCAGCUCCUGGCGGACCUCGGCGUGGUGGGCGCGGAGGGCCUGGAGGAGUCCCGCCAGGCCCCCAGGCUGGUGA